UGAUGUUUUGACAGUACGUCAAAAGUGACAGAGUUGAAUAAUAUGUUUAUGUGCCAAAAUGUUACAAAAAUAGCUGUACACUUGUAAAAUUCCUCGUUGUUUUGUUAAACAUUGUGCAAAAUGAGUGAAAAGGAGAGGAACUGUUCAAAUGAAGCGGUGGAAAAAAUCAUAGGGAACAUGACUGCAGAAAUGCAAAAUGCAGAUGGUCAGUAUGCUCCGUUGGGUUUUACGCCGCCUCCAAGCGAGCCUUUGAACUGGAAUCAACCACCUUUUGCAAACAAUUACGCGUACAACCCUGCGUCAGACAUGCCAAUGGGUUAUGUACCUAUGCCACAGUUUACAACUCCUUACAAUUACAUGCAACAGCCCCAUCCGUUCGACAUGAAUGAAUACAAUAAAAAUUUGGACACGAUUAAUUUGAAGUAUAUGUACGAGCCAAUGCAGAAUGGUAAUGCCGAUGCUGGGGUUUUCAGAAAUGAGUUUAUUUUAAACUCGAAUUUGCAUCAACCAGAGCGUUUACAUGAGCCGUUGCCCCAGACCAGCAACCAUGCUCAUUUAAUCGAGAAUUUGGUGGGAAAUUGGGUGCCGAAUACUACAGGAACUUACUCCCCGUUUGGCAAUGUGGAACCCUUUAAAACAAAUGUUGGAGUCUUUGAACAAAUGUCGGAAAAGGAAAAUGAACAAAAUUUAAUACUAGAACAACCUCUUGAAGAGAAACAGUUUAGUUUUAGUCGGAAUAAUCGCAAGCCAAGGAUGGUGGCAGAAGUGAAACCAAUGCGUCCUAGCUACUCCGAUGUUUUAACUAAAGCAGUGCCCCCGAAUACAGCCAAACCGGCCAAAACUGACACUAAAGAAACCAAACAGAAAAAGGAGAAUAACAAAAAGAACGGCAAAAUCGAGAAAGCGCAAAAAGUCAACUGUUCUUUGAACAGAAGCAAUACAAAUGCGGAUAUUAAGGAUAUUCCCAUUUCUGAGAAAACUGCCCAAUUUAUGAAAACUAACAGCGAGAAGGAUAAGCGUAACAGAAGCACGCAGUUGAAUCGCAAAUGGGCGUCGCUUGAUAACAUCAAUGAACCGAUAAACAAUAUUAAGGUUGAUGAUGGUAAGAAGAAGAAGAAUGAUGAUGUUACCAACAGUACUAAAAAUUUGACGCAAAAGUCGAAUUUUCGAAAAGUUACCAAAAAUACUGGUGAUUCGCCUGAAAAUGAACCAUUCUCUAAUAAAAACGAGACGUUAUAUGUUAGCAAAAAUGGUCUGAAAAAAACAAGCAAGUUUAAUAACAGAACAAAAAAUUUGGAAACGUUUGGUAGCAAUGAGAGGCCUCCAGGGAAAAGAAACCAGCGGACCCGCAAGAGAGAAAAUCAGUUUUUCGGAAUAGCUGGUCAAAAAUUGAAACAUUACUUGAAAGGAUGGUGGAAGAUCUUGACCGUAUUCUUUUUCUGGCUCAUUCAUCUUAUCUCCGAUAUUUGUAGCCUGAGUGUACACAUCAGUCGUGACAUGGCUUCGAAUUUUUGGCUUUGGUUGUGUGUUCACUGGAGUCUCUUUUUGGAUACGGUAGUGACCAUCGCAAAACGUAUUCGAAUUCUAUCGUGGAUUUGGGAAAAGUUUAAGAAACCUGAAAAACCAACGAAAGACAAUAAUCGCAGUUUUAUUCAUAGCGGAUUACAGAAUAAUAUUAAUAUGCCAACGACUGGUGAAGAAGCAAUGAAAAGACUUUUAGCGUGUAAAGGAAAAGACCCUUAUAGUAUAUUGGGAGUUACUCCAACUUGUACUGAUGAUGAUAUUAAGAGGUACUAUAAAAGACAAGCUUUUUUGGUCCAUCCGGAUAAAAACCAACAACCGGGAGCCGAAGAAGCCUUUAAAAUUUUAGUUCACGCUUUUGAUAUGAUUGGGGAACCGGAAAGAAGGGCCGCGUACGAUAAAGGUGUUGUCGAGUCUGUGCAAGUGGAGCAGGCCUGGAGCGAGCUGACUGAACUUUUGGCCCAACUACAGCAAAAGGUUGAAGCAGCCGCUAAUACAAUUCGGUGCAGUGCUUGCGGUUUACGUCACAAAAGAAUUAAAGUAGAUAGACCUUGUUACGCAGCAAGAAACUGUUUUUCUUGUAAAAUUCAUCACGCGGCUCGAGAAGGUGAUAUAUGGGCCGAAGCUCGCUGUUUCGGCUUUUUGUGGCAUUACUACGCUUGUAUGGAAGGAAAUGUGUAUGAUAUAACGGAAUGGGCCGGUUGUCAAAAAGACAGUCUCAAACACCUAAGACCAGACUCUCAUCAAGUACAAUAUCGCAUCGCUUUAGGUAAACAAAAUAGUCAACCUCGUAGACACAGUGGAUCUCAACGAAAUGAGAAACCACCCGAUCUCGAAAACUUACUUAAUACUUUGUAUGGACAAACGGAUUGUACGCAACAAGGACAGAAGCGUAGGAGCAAAAAGGCAAAUAAGUGAUUUUGUCACUAGAUGCAUAAGUUGUGUAUUUUAUUUCGCUAUUAUGAGUAUGUGCUAUCAAUUUAUAAAAUCAAUGCGCUUAAAAAAUAAAUCAUGUUUACAACAAUUUAUUCACA